AUGGCGACCAUCAAAGCUCGUCGCGAUUAUCUCGCUUGGACUGAAGAGCCGUUGAAUCACCAUGUUCACACCCUGCGCGCCGCGCCUCGCCCUCCUCUCAGAUUCACAAGCGAACUCUACGAUGACCCCGCCGGUCCCGGCCUGCGUCACGACAAUGAUAGAGCAGACUACCGAGAGAUACAGAUACUGCCAACCCCUGACGAGAUUUUAGCAGUUGACUGCCCUGUGUAUAUGCCGAAGAAAGAUCUACGUCACAAACACCACUUACCAAAUGGCCCCGGUCGACACCUCGAUUGCCUAUUCCGUCAGAUGCGUUGCGACAGAACUGAAAGUGUCCGAGAUAUCGCAUACACGGCGGCCCAGCAAGCCUUCUUACAGGUCGAUCCUUAUGGCAGGCCUCAGCCUAUCUCCCACGAACAAAUUCUCUGUGAGACACUGUCAGGCCACAGAUUCUUUCUGUAUCACGAUAUCAAGAUUGAAGAACUUCUUGCGCAUGAGAACAAAGGGCUUCUUGUUCGUGCAAGCUACCACUGUCCAUCAUUCAUGAAAGGCCAGAGAAUGUAUGGUUCGGGUCGGUUCGCAGAGGGAAUGCUUGUUGCUUUGCUUCAACUUGAUCUCAUCACGAAUGAAUUGUCAGUCUCCUUCCUGGAGGUCAAGUUCUCACAAUCCACAUUCUCCAUGGAUAAGGCCGGUGGUGAUGGCGAACGAGCUGCUGUGCAGAUGUCCUUCUUACCAACUUCUACCCGCGAGGAUGUCUUGCAAUUGAGUCGUCAUGUUCUUGGACUCUCCACUGAGACUCAGUUGGCACUGGUUGAAUUCCCAAAGGUUCUCUUUGCAGGCUUCUACAACUGUCUGAAGAGAUUGCAAGAGAUGGGGGAGACCGACUUCGCAUUCCAAACAUACAUUGCCCCAACGAUCACCCCUGAGGAUGCCACAUCACGAAUGAAACAAAACAUUCCCAGUGGGGCAAUUCCUGUUGUCAAUUGUCCACCUCCGGCUUAUGCACGAAAUGCAGACUUCGAAUAUGAUCUCAGCGCUGUGCUUUCAUCAACAAACAGGACCAAGUCCAUGUCAGUAGAAGAGUUGUUACGACCAUCUUCGAUCGAUGUCUUGAGGCGUGAAACAUCUCUUGAUGAGGGACAAGCUAUAGCAUUCAGAGAUGCCUUAGUCAACGAACUUGCUCUCACACAAGGUCCACCGGGAUGUGGCAAAACAUUCCUGGGUGUUCAGCUGACGAAGGCUUUGCUAUCAUCGCGGCCAACAAAUAAACCCAUUCUGUUGGUAUGCUUGACGAAUCACGCACUCGACAGCUUCCUCCAGGAUCUACUGGAUGCGGGCGUGACAGGUUUACUUCGUGUUGGCAGUGGCAGCAAAGAGAAGUGGACCCAGUCCAUCAAUCUCCAGACUUUGAAACGCAAGUCUCGUUUUGGUCAUCGUUCAUCGGAGGCGACUAUCCUUAGAACGCGCAAGAAGGAGGUAUUUGGAGAUGUAGAUGUCAUGUGCAAAGGUACUUGGAUUUCUCCUUUCCCCUUCGCUCCCCAAAUUCCGCGCUUUACUGACAUUCAUCAAGCAAUCUCGUCGAAGCUCAACACUGGGAAGGUGCCAUGGCAAUAUGUCGAAUACAUUCUAUAUGAGAAAUAUCCCAGUAUCCAUGCACAGCUAUCAACCAACGCACCAUCUGCUUACGCAAAGUCCUUCGCGUUCGAGCAUUGGUGUGGAGGCGGCGAUCUCGACACUAUCCGGGACUUACACGUUGAGCUUGCGAGGAGACUCAACGAAGUUCUACGAGAACGUGACCGCAGCUCUACCAAAGAUAGCCAUACCAUUCUACAAGAGGUCUCCCAAUUUAUCAAACAGCAGACCGAGCAUUCUGGUGAUAGUAGCAUCUGGAACCUACCGUAUUCUGAACGUCAGGUACUCCUGGGUCAGUGGGAGAGCGAAGUCGACACCGAGAGACUUGCUUCUAAGCUUACUGAUCUCCACUUUGAGUACAAAGAGCUGAACGCAUCCGCCAUGGAGUUGAGCUGUGAGAAAGACAUCAAAAUCAUGGGUGGUUGUAAUGUCAUUGGUAUGACGACUACAGCAUGCGCGACACGAUGGAAACAGUUGGCGUCUGUUGGGAUCGAAAUAACCAUAGGCGAAGAGGCUGCAGAGGUUAUGGAAGCACACACACUGUGCUCACUGCUGCCGACCGUCCAACAUGCAAUCUUGAUUGGUGAUCCUCUACAAUUGCGACCUGAGACGGAACAGCAGAUGCUUGCAUUGGAAACACAGAUUGGCAUGGACUACCGACUCGAUGAAUCACUCUUGGAACGUCUAAUGCUGCCCAAAGACCCAUCAACUUUCGCAGUUGCAUCCUGUCAUCUAAACAUCCAGCGUCGCAUGCAUCCAAAGAUUGCCAACAUAGCGCGCAUCAUAUAUCCCUACCUGAAAAAUCACGAAUCCACGCUUGACAAUCCUCCCACGUUUGGACUUGUACACAGAAUGUACUGGUGGGAUCAUCGUAUUCCGGAGCUGGAAGCUGACCAUCUGAAGUCUCACGUCAAUCCCUACGAAGUCGAGAUGGUGGCUGGACUAGUCACUUACCUACUGCGUGGAGGUGCAUAUGACCUCGGCGAUAUUGCUGUCCUGACUCCGUACUCGGGCCAGCUGGCUAAGCUUCACGAUCGACUGUCCGUCACAUGUAACGUCUGGCUCAGCGAAAACGACCAUCAGCUACUCUUCGAUGAAGAAUUAGUUGGCUUAGCUCCUGAACGCAGAGCAGCCAAGGACAAAGUGUCAAUGUCCGACAUGUUGAGGAUUGCCACUGUCGAUAACUUUCAAGGUGAAGAAGCGAAGGUUGUGAUUCUGAGCACGGUUCGAAGCGGAGGCAGCGCAGGCUUUCUCAACAGUAUCAAUCGUAUCAAUGUGGCGUGUAGCAGGGCACGAGAUGGCUUCUACAUAAUCGGAAACACUCAGACCUUGUCACAAGUACCACUGUGGAGGCAAGUCAUUUCUGCCUUUGAUGGGAAAGUGGUACGCACCCAGAACACUGUUACACUGUCCAGCAGCCUUUUGACUUUCAGCUGGUCCCCAUCUGUGCUGCCGUGUGCGGCCAACGCUUGGACUGUGGCCAUGAUUGCAAUCAGACAUGCCACCCGCCACGCCUCCACGAACGUAUGGCCUGUCAAGACAAAUGUUUGA